UUUUUCUCAGAUUUUUAUUGAUUUAUCUAGUAUUUUUACAAAAAUUUGUGAAUAAUAAUUUACCAUUAUAUUUUAAUGAAUGUGCGUUGUUACUUAUACUAUAAGCUUGAUUUUAUUCUGUUACACUCAAUAUGGCGUGUGGAAGUUUUUGGUUUUAUUUUACAUCAUUGUGCUUGGGUAUAUUUUUCGUUGAUGUAAGUGAGGCAUCUAAAUAUCCACUAUAUUCAAUAAAUUCUCCUUCGUCUAAUAAAGAGUACUUCAAAAUUUGUACUCCCAUUGUGAAAUGUGACCCAAAUUACAAGUAUAGAAGUAUGAAUGGUUCUUGUAAUAAUUUAGAAAAUCCAACAUGGGGCGCAGUUAAUACACCUCACCUCAGAUUAUUAGAUGCUGUUUAUAGCACUGAAAACUUGCGAGAAUUUCGUAAGCAAAAAGACGGCAGACCUCUUCCAGGUUCUCGGGAAUUGUACUUAAAUUUAUUCCGAAAUAAAUCAAAUGAUGAAGAUGACUAUUUUAACAUACAUUUCAUGCAGUGGAGUCAGUUUAUAGCUCAUGACAUUACCCAAUUACCGCCAAAUAAUAAUGCAGAGCCUACUGAUUGUUGUGCUGUCCAGGGAUCAGAUAAUAUUCCAUACCAUUGUCAAAAAACAAUUAAAUUACCCCUAAAUGAUCCAGAAUUCGGUAACAAUAAAACUUGUAUGCCUUUCAAAAGAGCAGUGACUGCUGAUGAUUGUCCUCAGUUACCAUAUAUAUUUAUGGUGCAGUCAACACAAUACAUUGACCUUUCUCAUAUUUAUGGCAAUAGUGAUAGCGAAUCGAUGUCAUUACGGACUCAAAAUGGUGGCCUUUUAAGAUCUGAUAUUCAAAGCAAUGGUUUAGAAUUUUGCCCUCAGCAGAAAAGAAGUACAACAAAUUGUGGUGGCCGUGAUGGCGUUGACGUGUGUUACGAAGCUGGUGAUCCACGUGUGAACCAAAAUUUAGGUAUUGCUGCUUACACAAAUUUGUUCUUAAGAUAUCAUAAUUUUUUGGCAAAGCACCUACAAAUAUUGAAUCCACAAUGGUCUGAUGAGAUUCUCUAUCAAGAAGCUAGAAGGAUCCUUAUAGCUUUAACCUCGUUAAUAACAUAUAGAGACUUUCUUCCGAUUUUGUUAGGUCAGAAAUAUUGUGAUUCAGUUGGUCUAUCGUUGUCCAAUAAGAAUACUAAGUACAAUAGAAAGAUAAGUGCUUCAACUGGUUUAGAGUUUGCGGCUGCUGCUUACAGAGUACCUCACAAUACUAUUCCUACACAUUUGAGUUUUGUAGACAGCAAUCACAAAUUAUUGAAAUCAGUUAAAUUGACUGAUUGGAUGAACAAUCCUAGUCCACUUUCAGAAGCGUCAAGUUUCAACGAUUUGAUAAGGGGAAUGUACUACUGUUCAGAUCGUCGACCCCAACCAUCAUACAAUCAUUUAAUAUCAAAUUUUGCAUUUCACUUUGACACGCCAGCAACAGCUGAUCAGGGUUUAAUUUCUGUGGAUGUGCAAAGAGGUAGAGAUACUGGAUUGCCAACUUAUGUGGACGUAAGAAGGAAAUGCAAAUUAUCUUCAAUUAAGAGUUUUGAUGAUCUAUAUGAUAUUAUGAAACCCAAUAAAAUCAAAAUUUUAAGAAAAAUGUAUGGCACAGUUGAAGAUAUUGAUUUAAUAGUUGGAAUGCUAUUGGAACUUCCACAAAGCCAUGCAAGAGUCGGUCCAACAGCUAGAUGCGUUUUAGCGGAUGGAUUUUAUAGGUAUAGGUAUGGAGAUCGCUUUUUUUUUAAUGUUAAAGGACAAUCAGGAAGCUUCAAAAAAGAACAAUUAGAAGCAUUACAAGAUAUUGACUUGGGUCAUAUAUUAUGCGUCACGACAGGAUUAAAAGAAGUACCAAAAGAUAUUUUCCAUGCUUAUAGUUUUCAACAUGAAUCAGCUUUAAAUAAUAUGGUAAGCUGCAAAAUAUUGAAAAAUAAACUAAACCUCAGCUCAUGGAAAUCAAAAAAUUAAAAUCACUGUAUUAAUUAUAAUAAAUAAAUAAAUUACUGCAAUAAACUAAAAUUUUGAAAUUUUA